AUGGCUACUCCUCCUCUGAGUCCUCCUCCGUCUAUUGCUGUUCUUCCUCCUGAUUUGCUUAAUGUGCCCUUGACUACCAUGGAAUAUGAGACUGCUCCGCUCAUUAUGCAUGAUCCAGAAUCUGAUGUGGUGCUGCCUCCUUUCACUGGUGCCAUUCUUCCUGAAUCUCUAGCUGCUGCUCUGUUGCCUGCUGCUGUCAAUACUCCUGCCUCAGUUGACGUGCCAGAUUCUGACUCCUUGAUGACAGUUGCUUCAGAUCCUUCCCCUGCUGGACCUCUCGAUUUGGUUUCUGUACCUCCAAUUACCCUUCUAGAGACCCUGACCCAUCACUUGUUUGACUGUAUUCAAGAUGUUCACCGUAAUUGGUCUGCCAGUGUUGAGGAGUGUGAGGCAGUAGGCCAGAACUUGCUGGCUUUCAUGCAUGCACUGUGCAAAACCCCUGGAGGCGACGAAUAUCUGACACCUUUCUUGAAAGUUGUCCAGAUUUUUUUAGACUGCAUUUGCUCUCCUGGGUGGCUUAAAUGGGGUAUGGAACUGUUGUCCAAGAGCCACUGCAAGGCACUGAUGCAGGAGCUUGCAUCAGUCAAUUCUGAGCCCGAGGAGGCUCCACAAAGUCCUCAAUGUCGAGCACACCAUCUGGUCCAUCAUUCGCCAACACCGUUUAAAGAGGCUAUUGUCAAAGAGAUUGUUGAUGGUCUCCCUACAUCUUCGGAGUCUGUCCCUGAGAACAAUGAGAUGGUUGAUGCUGAUGAGCCCCCAGAUGAUGGAUAA